UGGAUGUGGACUGGUGAAAGACAAGCAAAAAGAAUGAAGACAACUUAUUUUAAAUCUUUAUUAAGAAUGAACAUUAGUUACUUCGAAAGUGAUGAAAUAACAUCUGGUGGCUUAUUGACCAGUGUGAAUAAGGAUACUGAAGAAAUACAUAGCGUAAUAUCUGAACAUUUAGGAUAUUUUAUUCAAGCUAUUGUCACGAUAACAAGUUGUUUAAUAUUGGCUUUUAUGAAAAAUGCCAUCCUUACUCUCGUUAUAUUAGCUUCAACACCGCUUAUACUCAUUGUAAUUGUUCUCACCUCUCGUACUGCAAGUCCAUUGAUCGUUAAAGAACGAAAUAUAUUUAUAAAGGCUGGUAAUAUUCUUGAAAAUGCUCUUGCGGCCAUUAAAACAGUUCGCGCAUUUAAUGGAGAAGAAAAAGAAGAAAAGAAACAUUAUGAAUGUUUACAAGAGGCAAAUGAUGUAUCUUCACGUUUAGCAUGGACGUAUGCAUUGAGAAUAGGUUUAACUCAAUUUUUAACCUUGUCCUUAUUCUUUCAAGGGUUUUGGUUUGGUUCAACAUUAGUUGCUGAUAAAAAAUUGGCUCCAGGUGAUAUUCUCAGUGUAUUCUAUGCCUGUUUAUUAGGGUUGAGCGUAUUAAAAGGUAUAUUACCUAAGUUAGUUGCGAUAUCAAGAGCGAAAAAUGCUAUCCAGCCCAUAAAAGAAUUAUUAGAAAGAAUCGCAAGAAUGGAAUUAUAUGCUUUAAAUGGGUUUAAGAUCCCAAAUAUUGAAGGAAAUAUAAAUUUUAAUCAAGUUAGUUUCUCAUAUCCUAGUCGUCCGGAUACGCUAGUUUUGAGAAAUGUUAAUUUAUCAAUUCCUGCGGGAAAAACAACCGUUUUAGUCGGUCAAAGUGGUUCAGGGAAAUCUACAAUAACACAAUUAAUUCAAAGACUCUACGAACCUAAUGAUGGUUUAAUUACAUUAGAUGGGCGUGAAUUAAGAAUACUUAAUGUUUCUUGGUUAAGGCAACAAAUUGGUAUUGUAAGCCAAGAACCGAUUCUUUUUAAUGAUACAAUUUUUAAAAAUAUUGCUUAUGGAAAAGUUGAUUAUUGGAAUACGACAAUGGAUGAAGUUAUCAAGGCUUGCAAACUUGCUUGCAUUCAUGAUACUAUAGAAUCCCUUCCAAAUGGUUAUGAAACUCAUUUAAGUGAGAUGGGUAAAAAUCUUUCUGGAGGGCAACGCCAAAGAAUUGCGAUCGCCCGCGCUUUAAUAAAAGAUCCUGCGAUUCUUAUCCUAGAUGAAGCAACAAGCGCUCUUGAUAUGACUUCGGAUUUAAAAGUACAAGAAGCACUUGAAAAUUGUCGACAAAAUAGAACUACAAUCGUUGUCACUCACCAAUUGAAACAUAUUGGUGAUAAAGAUCUUAUUUAUGUAUUGCAUGAAGGAAAAAUUGUUGAAUCUGGAAUAAAGGCUGAAUUAUUAAAUUUGAAUGGCUAUUAUAGCAAACUUGCGAAUGAACAUUCUUCAAAUCCAAAUCGUAAAACACAUGAAUUAAACAGUAUUAAUAUGAAAUUAAAGAGACAACUUACAUUAUUAUUUCAUGAUCCUCAAAAACCACCAACAAACGUGAACUCAUCCAUUAAACGUUCCCAAAGUGCUAGAAAAUCUCGAUCUGGAUGGCGACAAUCAAUUAUCGAAGAAUAUACGUUUAACAAUAGUAAUGAUAUUAUGGUGGAUGUGAUUCAGGGGACUGCUACCGAAGCAAUCUCGAAAAGAUACGCUGAUAAAUCGGCAAUAGAUGAUAUUAUUAGUUAUUAUGAAGAUAAUAUAGAAAUACUUGUAACUGAUGAAUCAUCAUCCGCAAAUAAUAAUAUGAGUAUCUUUGAACUUAUUAGAAAAACUAUGGAUAAAAAAGUAUUUUAUGGAGUUGGGAUUCUUUCUGCAAUGAUUGAUGGAGGCAUCAGUCCCAUAUUUUCAGUUGUUUUGGCAAAUUUAUUAAAUACGUACUCUAUACCCGAUAGAAAUGAGCUUCUUAAAAGUUCGAGAAUAUUUGCUCUUUACGUGCUUUUGAUUGCCGCAGUAAGUGGAACGUCAGGGCUUUUGAAAUAUUUCUUACUCGAAAGAGCUUCAGAAAGGUGGGCAGUCCGUUUAAGACAUAUGGGAUUUGGGAAUGUGUUACGUCAACCUCAAUCAUGGUUUGAUAAAUCAGAAAACGCAACCGGUAAAGUGACUACAAUACUUAUUUCAGAUACUGAAUCGGCGAAAUUCUUAAUAGGACAUUUUGCAGGAAAUGUAGUUAUUGGAUUGGUUUCUUUAUUAGGUGGAGCUAUCUGGGCAUUUAUAGUUGGAUGGCAACUAACUUUGGUUGGAUUUGGAUCGGUUCCCAUUCUAAUCUUAUUUUCAGAAUUAGAGGGCUAUAUUCUACAAAAAUAUGAAUUAAAACAAAAAAUUGCUACAGAAACUGCAGCAAAUGAAUUUUAUCAAGGAAUUUCAAGUGUUCGAACCGUGUAUUCUCUUUCCAUCGAAAAGAUUAUAGAAGAUAAAUUUCAAGAAGCUCUUCAAAAACCUUUUUUGAUUGGAAUUAGAAAAGCAUUCAUCUCUGGCGCAUCUACGGGGUUUUUAGAAGGGUUAUCAUAUUUUACUAAAGCUUUAACAUUUUGGUACGGAGCUCAAUUAGUUUCUCAAGGAACUUAUGAUCUCCAAAAGAUGCUUAUAGUUUGGACUUUGGUUAUAUUCUGUACAACAUCUGCUUCGGGAGUUCUUUCUACAGUUCCAUAUUAUAGUAAAAGUAAACAAGCCAUCAAAUCCAUUCAGAAAAUGAUAAACCUUCCGGCUAUUCUGGAUAAUGUUGGUAUUUGCCCUGACAAAUUACAAGGUUCAAUCAUGUUUAAAGAUGUAAAUUUUUCGUAUCCUGAAAGACCUGAUAUUAAAAUUCUUGACAAACUAAGUUUAAAAUUAGAGUCUGGACAGUCUGUUGCUUUAGUAGGUAAAAGUGGUAAUGGAAAAUCAACCGUAGCCGCCUUACUACAAAGAAUUUAUGAGCCAAAUAGUGGUUCUAUAAUGUUAGAUUAUGAAAAUAUUGAAGACAUUCAAUUGAGGUGGUUAAGAGAGAAUAUAGGAAUUGUUAGUCAAGAACCUGUAUUGUUUGAUAUGACUAUAGCGGAAAAUAUUGCAUACGGUAAAGAUGAUGCCACACAAGAAGAAAUUGAGAUUGCUGCCAAACAAGUUAACAUGCAUGAAUUCAUUUCAUCUUUACCAAUUGGCUAUAAUACGAAACUUGGUUCAACUGGAUCUCAAUUAUCCGGAGGCGAACGUCAAAGAAUUGCCAUAGCAAGAGUUCUUAUAAGGAACCCUAAAAUUCUUAUACUUGAUGAAGCUACAAGUGCAUUAGAUACAAAAAAUGAGUCAAUUGUUCAAGAAACAUUAAACAAAGUUCAACAAGGUCGUACUACUUUAAUGAUAACUCAUCGUCUUAAGAAUUUAAGAAAAAUGAGUAAAAUAGUUCUCAUUGAAGAUGGAAAAAUAAAAGAGUCUGGUACUCAUAAAGAAUUAAUGUCACUUCGUGGUGAAUAUUUUGAAUUAAUAAGAAGUGGAAAUUCGUAUUGAAAUUUUAU